AUGCACGCCGAUGAAUACGCAAACGUGGAAAUCCUUGCGCAGCAACAGGCGUCGGAGGAUCGAGUAAUAAAAUUAGGCAAGUGUGUCGCUUUCCAAGGGGCUACUUAUAACGCACCUGUGGACGCUUCAUAGUUCUACGUGUUCUUCCGGUUUUUAGAAUUUUUAUCAAGCAAAUCACAGGUACCGGUUUAACGAAAUAUUUCCUUAAUAUCCGAUUCAUCAACAGUGUUUAAACUUUCAAUAAUUUUGAUUUUUUUUUUUUUUUUUCUUCUUUAUAGCGAAAAAGAAAAACUUGAAACAGCUGCAAGAACGAAAGACGAAAUAUCGCCUGAAUAUUCGACGAUCGAUGGAAACCGGUAUCAUCUAGAAAGUUUUCCCCAGGAUUAGAGCGUGACAAAAUUGCUUUAAUCCACGGUGGAAACAGACCGUGAAUCGAACGAGUAAGAGUUUCACGAAGACGAAUAUCGAGCGUUCCUUUUCCCACGGUGUCGCUAAUGCUUAACAAUUAUUGUGAUCGUAUCGACAACAAAGACGGGGAUUCAUAUUUUAAUUAACAAGCGUAACUCUAUUUCGAGUCAAUUUGGUAUUUUAUGUACAAUAUUGUUGAAAAUAGUUAAACAAGCGAACGACUUGUCUCUUUGAUCUCCUGAAUAUAUAUAACUAUCGAUUAAUUAUGGAUCCGUUUGUUAUUAUAAAUCCGUAUAUAAUUUUUACAUCUAGAUGUUUUCUUCAGUCUCAGUUUCUUCGAAUGAGUUCCGAUGGUCGGACUUGUGUCUGCAACGACAGAUCUCAAAGUUGGAGAACACGUUUGUUGAAUUUGUUGACACAGAAGCAAUUGAUAAUUAGGGAUUUUAAACGUUUGGAAAGUUUCACGCAGUCCGCUUUUCUAACAAGAUUUCCACGUUUCAUUCCAAUUAACUUUGUUCUGCUCUCUUGUGCUUUCAAUGCCAUGUGGCUACUAUUUAUAUAGUUUUGCACAUCAGCUUUGAAACGUGUAUGUUUGCUAAUUGAUUAAUAAUCUAAAUUAAAUAUUCUGCAACAACGCAUUAUAAACAUAAUAUUUCGCAACAAUAUCAAGGAAUAACUUUUCCUCGCGUUAAUUAGCUCGAUAUGGCAAUAUCGCUCGUUUUGUUUUGUUGUUGCGUUCAAACGCGUGCCAUAAUACUCUUACAUCACGAUCCGGCGAUUUCUACUUUACGUAAAUCUUGAUUUAUUGCUUCUGUAUCAACUAUUUCGUUUCCCCGUUAAGCCUCUAGUAUCAUCUGAAUCGAUUCAAGUUAGUAGAACGACCGUCGUUACUUUCAAACCAAGGGACGUCAUUUUUCGGGGUCAACCCAGUAAUCGUGAAUCAAAAGUUAGUGGUGCACACGAUGCACGCGCAGACUCCUUUCUCACAAUCGCGAAUAUUUCGAGACGUCUGUCAGUACAUUCGAUUACACCAAAAAAAAAAAAAAAAA